GUGAUGGCAUGAUGACAUGGUCAUCGUCAAUGCUGAACCAAAAAAUACGGUUGUAGAGUCGGAAGGUCGGACUCCCGCUGUUGCUUUCUCUUUCUAAUUAGCGCUUCAGAUCGGUGCACGAACCGUACAGUCCAUCUCUAUAAAAUCUAUGAAGAGUAGGUUUCUCUCUGCGCACGCCGUCACCAACGUGGGGGCUGAUAAUAUACUUCGACAUCCCCCUGUUUCGCAUGCCUCUUAUGUAAACGUUUCGAAAUAGUUUACCAGUUUCUUAUUCAUAUUGCUCAAUGAAUCGUCCUAAAACAGUUUUCCACCUAAUGUUCAAUCUCAAAUCCCUUUCAAACAACAGAUUAAUACCUUAUUCUGGCUUUUCCUCGAUCUAUAAAUAUCUAUUAAAUCACCGUCCGCGUUCAAUAUGUACACUCAGCAGAAGAACUCUCGUCUCUUAUAUACAAGGACAAUCGCCCGAACCUCGAAUUCGCGAAUAUUUCUAUUACAUCGAUCACCAAGGAAUGUUGUUUCUUGAUGAUUCUCGAAUGAAGAACUUCACCUCUUGUUUUAAAGAGAAAAAGUUUUUGGCAUUCUUCUUCACAAGACUUCGCAAAAAUGAAACUGGCCGUUACAUGGAUGAUUUUCCCUACCUGUCACCAUGUGGAAGAGAACGAAAUUUCGUCAGAUGUGAUGAUCUUCCAAUCGUGUUUACACAUGUCAUUCAAAAGGAAGAUUUAGAUACUGGAGGAGUGAAAAAUCAAUUUAGUUAUGCUCAUGCCGAUGAGUUACUGACGGUUCCUUUUGAGCCAGCAAGAAUCUUCAUGAGCAUGGAAACUGGACGAGUUUAUCAUCCUGCACCAAAAAUUGCUGGUGGCAUAGGCUUGGUGCGAUCUAAGCUAGCAUUAGAAUUUAGCAAAUACUUUGAAUUCCAUAAUGGCGAAGAACAAAGUCCAACGCAUUUUUCUUGGGACAAUAAUAGACAUGAACUGGAUUCCGAAUGGCAUAAAAAAAUAGCUAAAAAAGUUCUGUGAAAAAUUGUAAACUAAUUAUUUUUACAACCAUUGCAAUUCGUUUCAAGUCUACAUAUAAAAAUGUGAGGGUUGGCAUUGUCCAGAAGAUAAAACAUUCGCAGAAAAACUUUAAACUAGAGUCUAAUAAAGAUAUGAUUAAAGAGAGUUUCCUAAAAUAGUUACAAAAUAAUAAAUUGAAAAAUCAUUUAUUAUUAGCCCUGCAUUUGUUGAAUUGCAAAAUGUGUAGACCAAACUAUGAAACGAUGGUAAUCUCUUAUUUUUCUAGUAAAAAAUUAAGCACCAUAUUUAACGUUGACGGAAGAAUUUAAAGACAAUUACCCCUCUCCUAGACAAAUUGUGGUAACCAGUACUCUGCGGCUAAUUGUGCCCUGGGCCAUAAGAAGCCAUGUUAACGUUUAACAGUCAUCAGUUAACGUAUUUGAUUACAAAUGUUUUAUAUAUACAUUGCCUUAAAGACAAGUCUUUAUAAAUUCGUCAUACAUAUUCUACGUGUUGUUGCACGAGCCUAUAAGUCAAUAGAAUUAUAUCGUGAGUAAUAAAUAUUAAAAUUAAUAAUGAUAACACUCCAUUAGACUUCUGUGAUAUAAUUAUUUUAGAAUGGGGCCUACUCUCCGACAUUAGCAUAAAUUAGAGACAUAUGUUUAUACUUCUAGAAAUAUAAACUCUGAUACUUUAUACACGUACGAAAAAUUUUCGAAUCCUGAUCCAAAACUGUACACGUUUGAGUAAAGAUUUACUUAUUUCA